CGCAUACGCCCCUUGUAAAAAUGUACCAGAAUUUCUAUGAAGAUUUUCUCAGAAUUUUUACACGAAUUGGAAUAUUUUCCAGAAAAAUUCAAACAAAAUAAUGAAAUUCAGAUUUUUUCUGUCAACACAUCUUUGUAGGAAUCUGAAUAAAUAUUUUCAUACGUACAGAUACUGCAAAUUCUCAUCCAAUUAUUUCUGAAAGUAUCUGAGAAAUUUGACAUAUUUUAUUUUUUUUCCAGAAUUUUUCAUCAAUGUAAAAUAUGAGAAAUUAGAAAUUCUUAGGAAAUUUCUAAGAAAAUCUGAGGAAUUUUUUCACCAGGAGCGUAUACAUCCCACGGAUUUCUAUGUACUAUCUAACUAGACUGCUUUUGCCGUCAUUUUUUAUGCCAAGGCUGGGAGGUGCCAUCAGCUGAACUUCUUGCACCGUUCAUCUUUCUUCUUUUUCUCUUCACGUCGGAGAGAAAAGGAACAAACGCUCCACGUGUCGACAGCCGUCUCGCGAUAUGACGUAGACAGAACUCACAUCCUCGCGUUACGCUCUCUCCACUCGUCUCUUAUCCAAGGUGUAUACUCGGGAGCGUUAACGCGCGCGACCCGAUCGAUCAAACACCUCCGCUGUACACGCGAAACGUAUCCUGUCGCACUUGCACGCUACCUCUCGACUGGUUUUUAGCUCUGCGAAAAAAACAAAAUUGUAAAUUGCGCGUCGUCGAGGUCUCCCCGCAGAUACGGACGCCUGGGACAGGUGUCAGGUGUUAACGCUCCGGAUUGUACACGACAGAGGCACUCAGCGCACUCUCGAAACUCCACUUGAAGGCGCACGAGGUCGACGUGUUUGCCACGGUUUCGCCCCUAGGAUAUUACGCGCGCCCUGGCCUGGGUACUCCCAGGUACUCCGGAGCCACGAGGCCCGACGAGGCCUGACGAGGCCACCGAGCUCACUCUCCGUUUCCCAUCUGGCUGCACAGAGUUUAAAAAUAGUUAAACAUUCGCCGAUAAACCAAUAAAUUGCCUUGAUCUGUGCUCCUUCGAGUCAUUCGAAUGAAUCCCGUGUCCUCUCGGCCGUCCGCUUGAAGAAGAGAUCAAUUGACAACGCCGAUUACCUUGCCGAUUAUGGCUUCGAAAGUUACGCUCUCCCAGGCCCUGGGAACGGACGGAAGCGACUAUGGUCACCGACAGAAAAUCGCGACUCAUUAUCAAGUCAGUGCGACAAACAAAUCAAGACUGAAGUAUUGUAUAUUUUUUCACUACCUGUUAUUCUUCGUCAUGCUCGCCAAACUGUCCGCAGACAUAUUAGAUCAUCUGGAUAUAUUUAUCUUGGAAAUCGAGGAAUUACAAAUACCACAGCCAUUGUGGUGGGAAUACAUAUGGUGCACUAGUUUAUUAUUAUCUUUCCUCGCUCUCUCCGCGAUUAAAAGGAAUAGGAUUAAAACGCUGCAAAAAUAUAUGAUAGGUAUCAUUUUGCUGGGCUACGGCCCAUUGAUUUAUGCCGUUGUGUAUUACUUUAAGGACGUCUGGACAUAUUUAACCAUAGGCAAAUCUGAGAACAUUCAUUUGUGGCAGGGUCUCCCAUAUGGCGUACUUUGGUACGCUUUUAUUCUUUUGGCCUCACAGGUUCAUUGUUUCUCCUUGUACUUUUCGUGGAAUCUACUAGUCGCAUGGAGAACGCGAGGCGCCAAAAGAAUGGAUUAAACUCGAGAGGCAACUGUAAUCACCGACAAAUUAUGUUUACAUAAAUUAUGGACGUGUAUUUUGGAAUAUUUGAAUUUUGACCCAUAUUUAUUGUGUAUUUACGAUAAGAAGAGAAAGAUAUACAAUUGUUGUACAAGAAAGAAACAUCUAAAAUCUGUAAAAACCAUGAGAGAUGUAUAUAAAAUGAAAAACUAUCGUUAUACAUGUAUAUAUGGAAAUACGCACAUGCAGAAAUUAGA